UCUAAAAUUCCUUCUUCGUGCCCAAGAGAACCCAAUUUAAACCAGUCUACCUCUUGAUCUCCCUUCACCGAAUCCCGACCGUCCAAAACCCCAUCGUGCGAUCCCCACCCCUUCUUCCACGGCUCCCACGAUCCAAUCCCAAUCCAGGGCUUCCCACUUCCAAUCUGAACCCUCCGAUCUAGGGUUUUUUUGUCCCGAUCAACGCACAAGCAUCCAAUCUAGACCGUUUGUACCCAUUGUCCCAAAAACAAAUCUGGACCGUACAAUCUAGGGCAAAACCUGCAACUUCACAGGUUCCGCUUCAAUGGCGGAUUCAGCACCAGUUUUUCCACCUGGUCGUGUGAAGAAGAUAGUGAAGCUCGACAAAGAUAUAAAGAAGGUUAACUCUGAAGCUCUAUUUCUCAUUUCGUCUGCAACAUCUCUGUUUCUUCAACAUUUAGCAGAGAGCUCUGCAAAAGUUGCAAUGGAGAAGAAGAGGAAAACCCUAGGGCUUGAGCAUUUGAGGGCUGCAGUGAAGGGGCAUGUCCCAACUAGGGUUUUCCUCGCUGACUCAUUGCCGAAGCCUUUGGCGAAGGAGAAGCGAUUGAAGAGAGAGAGAGGUGGUGCUAGGGCUGAGAAGGAGCUUCAUAGUGGAGAGAGAAGAAUUGAGGAUUUCUUCAAGAAACAGGGGCCUGGAACUGAUAUGGGUUGAUGGUGGAAUUUGAGUUUCUCUCUCCUCGCUCUCUCUCUCUAUCUCUCUCCUAUCUCUUUUAUCUGUAAUUUUUGACUUGCUAUUGUUGGUUUAAUCAUUUGUUCUAAUUUAUCUCAAAUAUUUACCGCACAGUCUAUGUUCUGGUGCUUGAAGUGUGAAUAUUGAGUUAUUCAACUUGAUUUGGGAUUUUUUGGUGCUCAAUCCCUAUUUAGUCAAAA